AAGUUUCUGGACUUAGAUUACCUUGAACGACGGCAUACCAAGGAAUAUCAUUAUCGCCAAAGUACUUAUGGUCAUCCCCCCCAACAAUAAAGGCCAUGUCUUCCAUCACGUAGGUGCACCUACAGUUCUCCAUCCAUCGCCGUUUUAUAAACUCCAUCAUGGACCGCGCAAGCCUCAUCGCCACACUCGCCUCGGCAAAACAACCCCCAAAACGACCGAUAAUAACCCUCGCAAACUGCGACAACGCAUGGCUCAUCUCCAUCCCUAAACCUGCCGGGGUGGCCGGUAAAAAGGUCUUUUACCACAUCCUACAAGACCCUUGGCUCUUCAGUGUCAACGAUGUCCUCAUCAGCUACUUCCUGCGACUAUCACUCAAGGAAAAGUCGGCACUAGAAACCAUUGAAGCCUGCGAAGAUCUGAUCCGUGAGAUUGAGGAGGCGGUCGGGGGCUCCAAAGAGGACGACGAAUACUGGCUCGAUGCGGUGACCGUCACCCACACCAAUUCGGAUCACCUGCAUCAAAUGACCCUGCGAACCUUUGAUCCAUCACUGAAAGUCUUUGCCGUGGAGGAUGCCGCAGCCACGAUCUCUGCAAUGAAGCACUUCGAUAAUGUCCAUGUCCUCCCGGACUUUGUACGCAAUCAGGCAUGGCCGGCUACGCCCGAGAUGCCCGACUGGUUGUCCAUCUUCCGGCUCGAGGAUGAGACCAAGAAGUAUCCGAACUUGUAUCAUGCAAUCGUCAUCAAGAUUGCAGCUGCGAAUGGGAAAGACGAAGUCAUUCUGUACUGCCCGCACGGAGUAGACCCCAGCAUCGUAGAAGCCGCCAUGGAGAUGAACCCCGGCGCAAGUGUCCUUGCAAUGACUCACCCAAUCAACAAGGCUGGCGUUGGAAUGAAGUCCAAAGGGGUAGCCAAUGCUCUGAAGAUUGAGCGCAAGCAUUCACCAAAGUACUGGAUUCAUUGCCAAGAAGGAGUCAAAUACACAGGAUUCUUAACCUGGUUCUUCGACUAUGGAGAUAAGACGUUGGAAAUAGGCCUUGAGGAAGAGGCCAAGGAAACCAGAGCGGAGCUACCUAAGCCCAACUAUGUGACGAUUUUGAACGGCGCAGGACUUGUUUUGGCAUGAUAGGGUUACGUGAAUGAGAUGGGGUCGGAGAUUGGCAGAUCGUCUUUGCGAAAAGUCUCUGGUCUUUGAGGGCCUGAUCUCCUCGCGGCCAAGGCCAAUUGCCAGUCGCCAGAGGGUACAGCGCCACUAGAAGUGCCACGACCCCAAAGAGCAAUUAUACCGCCGUAUUAGGCCGUAGUACCGGGCCACUGCCGGGCCACUACCAGGGCGCUGUUAGGGUGUUUUCUGCGGCGGGAAGGGUUCUGGCAACAGAACUGGCAACAGGUAUUGCUUUCUAGAAUGCCAGUUUUCGAGGUAGAAUUAGCUCUAUUGGCCGUAAUUAUACUCUCUUCGGCCUGUCUUAGUCACUGAUUUAGAAAAGAAUAUUGUAUAACUUUGGCGCUCUCGAGAAACCGGAUCCGGU